UGCCGUUCAGUCAUGUGGACAUUUCCGCGAGGGUCUUAACAAACAAUGCGGUUCAUUACAAGACACGCUCAAUUAGAAGAGGUUGUUUUGAGUGAAAGUAUGCUGUGUCCACCACGCGCAGCAUAUUUCAGUGACGCUUAAAGAGAUGUACAACUUUACCACAUCCAUGACACCUUCAUGGAGCGUUCACGGAGAGCCAGCGGGACGCGUUUUCCUAGGUUGCGCGCUUUCUCUCCUGGUAUUAUGGACGUUAUUGGGGAAUUUCAUGGUUUGUGCCGCUGUCUUGCGCUUCCGUCACCUGAGAGGAAAAGUUACCAACGUCUUUAUCGUGUCUCUGGCGAUGUCAGACCUGCUGGUGGCUGUUCUCGUGAUGCCGUGGAAAGCGGCUACGGAAGUGACCGGACACUGGGCGUUUGGCUCCUUCUGCGAGUGCUGGGUGGCGUUUGACAUCAUGUGCUCCACAGCCUCCAUCCUCAACCUGUGCGUAAUCAGCUUGGAUCGAUACUGGGCCAUUUCGGACCCGUUUCAGUACGAGAGAAAGAUGAACCGUAGAGUCGCCCUCGUUAUGGUCAGCGUAACGUGGAUCGUAUCGGUGGCCAUAUCAUUCGUGCCCGUGCAGCUGAACUGGCACAGGGCAGACCUGGACACGGUUAACACAAGCAACUGGACCACCAAGGAAAUGUGUGAUUCGAGUCUGAGCAGAUCUUACGCCAUUUCAUCAUCUUUAAUAAGUUUUUACAUCCCCGUAGCAGUGAUGCUAGUCACAUACACGCGCAUCUACCGCAUCGCUCAGAUUCAAAUCAAGAGCAUUUCUUCGCUGGAGCGCGCAGCGGAGCGCGCACAGAGCUGCAGCGCAGGUGCGCGCACCUGUCCUCUCCAACACCGCGCCAUAAGAGAAACCAAACUCUUCAAAACGCUGUCCGUGAUUAUGGGGGUGUUUGUGUGCUGCUGGUUCCCGUUUUUCGUUCUGAACUGCGCGGUUCCCUUCUGCCACAAGCCGGAUUGUGUCAGCGAAGCGACUUUUAACGUGUUCGUGUGGUUCGGCUGGUGCAACUCCUCGCUCAACCCGAUCAUCUAUGCUUUCAACUCGGACUUCAGAGAUGCUUUUGCUCGACUUCUGUGCUGCCGUGGCCUGUGCUCCAAGACACCUGUUGGUGUUCAGUGCAAGGAUCCAGUGGCCAUUAAUAAUCAGGGCAGCUCUGUUACCACUAUGGAGGUCGGCUGUGCCAGUUUCAGCAGGAUGGACAACGAAAUGCAAUGUCCAUUGGUGGAGCUACAUAUGUUUGCAGACGAGAGCGAGGUUCAGCAUAGUAACUCAGAGGAUUUAUGUCAAAAUAAAUAAUUAGGAUUUGGUGUAGGGGAGACCAUGGUUUUCGUUCUGAGGAUUAUUUUUAUAAGUCUGCGUGCACUUUACAGUUUUACAGGCUACGGGAAUCUACGAUUAAUUAUUUGACACAACGCACCUGUUGUGUACGUCCACAUUUUUACACCGGGCUUGUAUUUUUAAAAGCCUGUGUGUGAUUUAAAUAUUUUUGUAUUUAUAUCUGUAAAAAAAACACUUAAACGUAACUAUUCCACAAAAUCUUUAACUUUAAAAUAAUAACUAAUUAUUUUCAAUAGCCUAUAACAUAACCACAGUAAGUACAUUAUAUAAAGACAUGUGGGACUGUUCCAUCAAUACAUGUUUACUGUUUAUUGUCACACUGGCUGUAUAUUGUCGGUUUGUCCUGUCUUACAAAAAAAGUUGUAAUAAAUUUAAAUAUAUUUUAAAGUAAACCUAUAUAAAAUAAACUAAAAUAAUUGCACUUUCUAGGAAACUAUUUUACAUUUACCUUUAUUCAUAUAGCAGAGAGAUGUUAAUCAUAACUUUAUCUAGCUCACAAAUUAGUGACAUAAAUAUAAUUUAUCUCAAGGUGGCAAUAAACAGUAAAAACACUGAGCAAUCAAGCAUGUAAUAUGAGAAAUAAUUAAACCAGUAUCCAGUUACAUAAAAUAUAUUGAUUGUAUUUUAUUUAUUAUAAAACACACAUGAGAAAACUUGCCCAAAGCUUCUUUUGAAUGUAAUUCAGUAAAACUGAAUCAAACACUAAGGAUAUUUGUGCAUAGACUAUUUUGAGGGAUAUAAGCAAAAACAAUUGUCCCAGCGUAUUUCCUGUUUUACAUUUUUAAUUUCUAAAGCUUCUAAAAAUUAAAAAAAGAGCCACAUACUGAUAAAUAUUGAUAUGAUAGUGGUUUUAACAUUAAGAUAUGAUUGAAUUGCCUCUUGUUACAGUCAUGAAAUAGUUUGACAACAAGCAGAAAAGGUUUAUGGGCUAAUGACAUGAUCACAUUGAAAUGAUCUGUAAUGGAAGAAUUAAUCUAAUAAACUAAUGUCAAAAUGUU